AUGAAUCACUCCUCUUUGGACACCAUUUUAAUAUUCACCAUAUAUGGAUCCUCUGGCCCACUGAAUUACUUAUUUUUCACUCUCACAUUUACUUUCUACCUCCUCUCAGUUUUUGUCAAUGUUUUUCUGAUGCUGGUUAUUUAUGUAGAAUCCAGCCUACACAAACCCAUGUACAUUUUCCUGUUUAACCUGGCAGUAAACGGACUGAUAGGAAGCUCUGCUGUCUGGCCAAAAGUCAUGGAAAACCUUAUUUCAGGCACUCAAAAGAGCUCACUGCUGGCUUGUCUAGUUCAGCUGUUUUGGAGCUAUUUCUACAUAUCGUCUGCUUAUACAACUUUCUCAGUUAUGGCCUAUGACCGAUAUGUCUCCAUUUGCAAGCCUUUGCUGUACCACACCAUCAUGACUCCUGGAAAAGUGAAAGCACUGCUUACUGCAGCCAACAUCCUUCCUCUCUCCUCUAUAUCCAUUCAAGUGUAUCUGACUUCUCAACUGUCCCUGUGCGGGUUCACCAUUCACAAGCUGUUCUGUGACAACCUCACCCUCCUUAACAUCUCCUGUGGGAGAAGUGGUCUGGUUAGUCUGUGGGGCAUAUGCAUAGUGAUAAGCUUAGUCGGUUUCCCUUGUAUUAUUGUGAUUCUCUCUUAUGCACUGAUUCUCAAUGUCAGUCUGAAAGCCUCAAAAGAUGCACAAAAGAAAGCACUCAGUACAUGUUCUCCUCAUUUAAUCACCUUCAAUAAUUUUGCCCUGGCUACACUUUUCUUUGCAAUUUAUUAUAGAUUCAGUCCAUUUCUGCCAGGAGAGGCUUAUAUUUUAAUUACUGUAGAUAUUCUUGUGAUUCCACCUCUGUUGAAUCCAAUCAUAUAUGGGAUCAGAACACAGGAGAUCAGGAAAUGUAUUGUUAAAACAGUGAGGAAAAGGCGGAGAUUGUUUCAAGGUAUUCAGACUUCACUGUGA